CAGGGGGAGGCGGGGGGCGCGGGGCAGCCCCGCCUUUCCCCCCGAGGAGCCGCCGGGCGGCCAUAUUGCGGAGCUGUCUGCGGUGGUGGCGGCGCUUCUCGUCUCCGGCGGCCCAGCGCUUCCCACCGCCGCCUCUCCCUCCCUGCUGCAGCCGCGACGCCCGGCGCCGACGCGCAGCGCCCCGGCCGCGCUUGGGGCGGGAAGGAGCCGCUCGCUCUCAGGAAAGUGACAUCAGAAUUCAUAAAAGUGAAUUUUUAAGGAAGGUGAUCAAAAAGAGAAGGACAAUGCCGAAACCAAUCAACGUAAGAGUAACCACCAUGGAUGCUGAGCUGGAAUUUGCCAUUCAGCCCAAUACUACUGGCAAACAGCUUUUUGACCAGGUGGUGAAAACAGUUGGUUUGCGUGAGGUCUGGUUUUUUGGGCUGCAGUAUGUGGACAGCAAAGGUUAUUCUACGUGGCUUAAACUAAAUAAAAAGGUGACACAGCAAGAUGUUAAAAAAGAGAAUCCUUUACAGUUCAAAUUCAGAGCUAAAUUCUUUCCUGAAGACGUUUCUGAGGAAUUAAUUCAAGAAAUAACCCAGAGACUUUUCUUCUUGCAAGUUAAGGAAGCCAUCUUGAAUGAUGAGAUAUAUUGUCCGCCAGAAACUGCAGUUCUUUUGGCUUCCUAUGCUGUCCAAGCCAAGUAUGGAGAUUAUAAUAAAGAGAUUCAUAAACCAGGCUACCUGGCUAAUGAUAGACUCCUACCCCAGCGUGUUUUGGAACAACACAAACUGACAAAAGAACAGUGGGAAGAAAGAAUACAGAACUGGCAUGAAGAACACAGAGGAAUGCUGAGGGAGGAUUCUAUGAUGGAAUACCUGAAGAUUGCCCAAGAUCUAGAAAUGUAUGGAGUCAACUAUUUUGAAAUAAAAAAUAAAAAGGGAACUGAAUUGUGGCUAGGCGUUGAUGCUUUGGGUCUGAAUAUUUAUGAGCAUGAUGACAAGUUAACACCAAAAAUUGGUUUUCCUUGGAGUGAAAUCAGAAAUAUUUCAUUUAAUGACAAAAAAUUUGUUAUAAAGCCGAUCGACAAAAAGGCACCUGAUUUUGUUUUUUAUGCACCUCGUCUGAGAAUCAACAAACGGAUUUUGGCUUUAUGUAUGGGAAACCAUGAACUAUACAUGCGAAGAAGAAAGCCUGAUACUAUUGAAGUGCAGCAGAUGAAGGCUCAGGCGAGGGAGGAGAAACAUCAGAAGCAGUUGGAAAGGGCACAACUAGAGAAUGAAAAGAAGAAGAGGGAGAUAGCAGAAAAGGAGAAGGAAAGGAUAGAGCGGGAAAAGGAGGAGCUGAUGGAGCGGCUGCGGCAGAUUGAAGAGCAGACGGUGAAAGCCCAGAAAGAACUAGAAGAACAGACUCGAAAAGCUCUGGAACUGGACCAGGAACGAAAACGAGCAAAGGAAGAAGCAGAAAGGCUUGAAAAGGAACGUCGAGCUGCUGAAGAAGCCAAGUCUGCUAUCGCAAAACAAGCUGCCGACCAGAUGAAGAAUCAGGAACAACUGGCAGCAGAACUUGCUGAAUUCACUGCCAAGAUUGCACUUCUAGAAGAAGCCAAGAAGAAAAAGGAGGAGGAAGCUACUGAGUGGCAGCACAAGGCUUUUGCAGCCCAGGAAGAUUUGGAAAAGACCAAAGAAGAACUAAAAACUGUGAUGUCUGCCCCCCCUCCACCUCCGCCACCACCAGUUGUUCCUCCAACAGAAAAUGAACACGAUGAGCAUGAUGAGAAUAAUGCUGAAGCUAGCGCUGAAUUAUCAAAUGAUGGGGUGAUGAACCAUCGAAGUGAAGAGGAACGUGUAACAGAAACUCAAAAAAAUGAGCGUGUUAAGAAGCAACUCCAGGCACUAAGUUCAGAAUUAGCCCAAGCCAGAGAUGAAACCAAGAAAACGCAAAAUGAUGUUCUUCACGCUGAGAAUGUUAAAGCGGGCCGUGAUAAGUACAAGACUCUGCGGCAGAUUCGACAAGGCAACACCAAGCAGCGGAUUGAUGAGUUUGAAGCCAUGUGGGGACCCAAACUGUAUGCAUUGUUCCAGAUGCGUUCUUGCCAAAGCAGUAUAAAGCAAAUGUAACGGUUAGGAAGAAGGCUCCCUCCCUCGCUAGGUCCCUGGUGCCUGACACAUGGCAAGCUGUCGGAGAAGGACGUACCGAGACCUGCCUGAUGUUCCAAAUCCAGAAUCCCAGCGGGAGCCAGAUGGACAAGCAUUCCUUCCACCAGGGCCCUUGCUGGUGGUUCUCUUCACUGAGUCUCAGUUUACUGUUGGUUUUCCCUUUCUUGCUAUUCUGUCUCUCUCCAAACCCCUCUUGACUGCCUUUCCUAGGGACAGACCUUAGAAAAGUGGGCCAGGACUUGAGGCUUUCGGCCCUGCUCCCUGCCGGCCCAAGCCAGCAGCCCUUGUACCCUGUCUUCAAGGCACCACCCCCUAAAGAGAUGCCUGAAGGCAUUAGCUUCUGAGAACCCACGUUUUCUGCAUGACUAGCUUGUAAGGAGGGAUACAGGGAGAGAAUUUCCAAGAAUUUUCCACUUUUUCAAAAAACGUAUGUGACUUAUUUUUGGCUUUGAACUGAGAGCAAACUUUGUGGUGUACCGCUCUGUUUACUUGUGCACAUCUGUGGAAUCCGGAGAGCUUCACACAACAUUCCCUUUCCUGUCUGGGCUGUUUGUAUAAUUGUAUAUACAUGUAGCAAUAAAUACAUUCUAACAUCA